AUGGCAGAGCACGAGGUCGUGGAUCCUGACCCAAUGGCUGAGGGCGAGGUCAUGGAGUCUGACCCAAUGGCUGAGGGCAAGGUCAUGGAGUCUAACCCAAUGGCUGAGGGUGUGGUCUCAGGGUUUGAUCCAAUGGCUGAGGGCUCUGAAGUUCGAGCAACAUCCUCCAGCUCCGAUCUAAAGGUCUCCCUCAGGAACCAUCAGAUGGUGAACCAGUUCACGGAGACCUUGCACAGAAUGCUUCUCCAGAAAGGGCUGCACAGCUUGGCCCAACUGUUGGAGGUUCCGGACUCCUGUAACCCUGAAGGACUCCUGGAGAUGCAUAAUUGUCUGCCGAUUGUGACAGGGCAGUGCGAUGCCCUUCUUCAUGGAGUGGUUGCUGCUUUCUCUGAGCUUCUAGCAUCUCCUGUCAGUCCGGGAGCUCUGGAGCGCGAACGCGAUCUGACAUCACUUGAAGAGGUGGUACCAGAAGUGAGACCAUCCUCCAAACUCACAGCCCCGCUCCAUCAAGGACAGAACAAGCAACACGUGGACACAGAAGAAAAAACAGCAGAUGCUGGAAAUACUCAGCAGGAGGAACAGAGACACCACCAUUCCACACCAGAGAACUUUGGACCCACUCACAACUUCCCUGACCACACCACCGUUUUCUUUACUCGGCUGGACCUGGAGCGGAAUCUGAAGGCUCUGCGUCAGGGCCUGGUUUGUGGCCGACUCCCAAAAAACACUUACGAGAAUGUUGCUGCAGUGAUGGAGAGCUACGCGGAACUGCAGCAAGAGCGAUUGUCUAGCCUGGUGAAGAGUUACAGCAGCUUUGUGAGGAGCUGGGAGGCUGUGAGGAGGACCAGUGUAGGGGAACCACACCGUCGGCCUGUGGUGACAAAGAUGGAAGGCCUACAAAGGCAGAGAGCACAGUGCUGGCGCAAGGUGAACACCAUGUACUCAGAGCGGAGGCUGCAGCUAGCAGCGGUACUGACCACUACACUGAAACAAGUGGAAGCACAGUCGGGCAUUUUCUUGAUCAAGCCAGUCAUCUCAUGGAAGAGAAGAUUGGACUCUACAAGUAAGAUCGGCACAUGCAGGAAGAACUCGAUAAGGAAAGGACGGCCAAGUAGAUUGGCCUCAAUGUGUUCCCAUGCUGCUGUCGGGCUGAUGGGAAGUGAACAGAUCUUGGGACAGCCACUCCGUACUGUGAGUAAAGUUUGCAGUGAAAAGGGCUGGCAUGAGAGUGAGACUCGCUCACAGCCUCUGGAGAGGUCAGAGACCACAGGCAAGACCUGCCCCGCCACAACACCACGGCUUCCCGAGAUGGACACGAGGGUUUUCUGUGUAACCAGUGCCAAGAAGAACUAUGGGAGUAACAUCCAGUCGUCAGGAAGUCUACCAGUCCAACGUCACCAAAGUCCCACGGGGUGCCGGACUAUUGGGACUUUUAAAACUGACAGCAAGCUGUGAAAGGAGUCACACAAACAGGACUUACCCAAGGGCACAAUUUAUGUGGUUUCUUCACAGACUUCUUAUGAUGUGACUGCAGAAUUUUCAAGUCAACAAGUAAGUGUUCACUUGAGUCAGAACAACAAAGUUGACGACGAGGACUAAUUUAAUCAAGCAAUUCCUGGUAUCAGAAGCUUAUUUGGAAACGGUUGGUAUCAGCAAGUAGCAGGGAUUUGUGUCAAUCAGUUGUCACAGGUGUAAGUUUUGAAUUAUAGAAGUGGUACUUGGGGGGGGGGGCAAACCUUCAGAACACGCAAGGAAACUGCAGAUUAAUUCCCUGUACAGAUGGGAAUGAGCUUCUUGGGUGAUUGCCAAGGUGAACUCUGAACAGAGUCUGAAUUAGAGAAAAGUACAUGUGAGCUGCAGUUACAGUUUAAGAG